AUGACGUAUUUUCUUUCAGGAAAUAUCAAAUUUCCUUACAAAAUCAAUCGAAUUCCGAUAAAAACCAACACAAAAAAUCAACAAAUGACAAUGAAUUUCUCAUUGAAAACUUUCAUCAUUGUUUUUGCUUUAUAUUCGAUAUGUUUACAAAUUGAACAUAUUGAAGGUCGUUUUGUUUGGGAUUUAAGUCAUUAUUGCAUUACUUAUUGUUCCCGUAUGAAUGAACAAAUGCCAUUAAUCAGUGUUUGUUCAUGUCAUCGAAUAACAUCAAGUCAUAAACGAACAAACGAAAUGAAUUAUCGGUACGAUCCUAUGGAUGAUUAUUCACAAUAA